AUGCUCGGACCUUCAGCCCAGCAACACGUGGAGAAGACCUGGCCUGCAGUGUACGAUGCCGCUCUCAAGACAGCUGCUGAUCCUUGGUUCUCAUUUCACAAAGUAACCGGGGAGAAGGUGGCAGGACCAGAGCCUUUCAGAUUGAAAAAGGACGGGGAAGAGGCCCUGAAUGAAGACGGCGAACCUGCGCCUGACCGAAUAUAUCGCGUGUCACGCCCGAAGUUCACUGCAGCACUGCUUGGCCAGGUGUUGGCCCUUGGUAUUGAAGUCGCCUACGGCAAAAAUGCUGUGGACUACUUCGAGGAUGAGACCAAAGCAGGCGUUGUUCUAGACGAUGGAUCCAAGAUCGAAGGGGAUGUCGUGAUCGCCGCAGAUGGACUUGGCACCAAGUCUCACAAGCUGGUCAACGGGCAUGACAUUCGAGCCAUGGGAAGCAAGCACUCAAUCUUUCGGACAGCCUACCAUGUUGACGAUAUCAUCUCAGAUCCAGAGCUGGAUAGGAUGUUUCGGAUCCGAGAGGAUGGGGGUGCUGUGCUGCAGAUAUGGACUGCAGAUGAUCUCCAGAUCAUGGUGCUUCGGGGUCAGGGUGUCAUUGAAUGGCACGUGAUGCAUGCUGUGAGUGCUUUAAUCCAUUUUCAAGAAGCCGUGAACUAA